AUGUCGCUUGAGUCUCCAAAGACAUCCGAGCCUCCAAGGGCCGAUGCGCUAGAGCUCCCCAUAUCCCAAAGACUAAGGUACCAAUGGUGCUUGAGGCUCCCGCACACCCGAGCCACCAAGGUGCCGAUGUUGCUGAAGCCUCCCGCACAUGCAAGCACCAAGAUCCCAUCACCAAGGUCCCGAUGGUGCUCGAGGCUUCCGCGCAUCCAAGACACCAAGGUGCCGAUGCGGCUCGAGGCUCCUCAGACAUACCAAAGACUCAAGGUGUCGAUGCCGCCGAGGCUCCACACAUCCGAGCCACCAAGGUGCCGACACGGCCGAGGCUCAGACAUCCCAAAGACCAAGGUGCCGAUGGCCGCCGAGGCCCCGGACAUCCAAACAACGAAGGUGCCGACAUCGCCGAGGCUCUCAGACAUCCCAAAGACUAAGGUGCGGAUGUCGCCCAAGCUCCAAAGACAUCUAACUAGCCAAGGUGCCGAUGCCGCCGAGGCUCCCCAGACAUCCAUUACUAAGGUCCCGAUGUCGCCGAGGCUCCCCUGA